AUGAGCAUCGCCGAUUUCCAGGCAACCUUUGAAGACCACUCGUCGAUCCUAGUCUUGGUGAAAUGUCAGCGCAUCGACGACCAGCGGGAUGAGGCCAUCCAGAACGUCAUACGGAGAAUCCAGAAACUCCGUUUCUGCCGGGCAUCCGACGUGCCGGCAGUGAGCAUAAAGUACGUGAACGAUUAUCCGGCCCGGCGCAACGAAUGGCAUCAGUUCCAAGCCCAUCGGGCAGUGCGGGGCGUCAUAACGGUGGGUGAAUACCGAGGCCCCGGCAAUGUCCAGUGGUCCUUGAACAAGCACGGUGAGCUGGUAGACCCGUACGAGAAAACCGUGCUCGAAACCCGUUGUGUUUUCGUGGGUAAGGACAUCCCCACACAGCCGUCGGAGAAUCCCGUGAACGACGCAGACUGCCCCUCGAACCUCCGUCGAGAACAGUGCCUUUUCUACGCCCCGGACGAUCUCUCCCAGGUGGAGGAAGACAUCGUAGAUUUCGUAUCGAACAUUGUCAUCGUGCUGAAGUCCAGUAGAAUACGACUCGAGCAAGAUGUCAAUAACAAGAAAGUCGACGAUAAAAUGCUCAUAGCUCCGUUCGAGAAAAAGGACCUCGUCGGACUGGACGUCGAUAGCCGUCAAUACCGGAAGCGAUGGGUCGCUCGUAAUAAGAAAAUGCUAGCCGACAUUUCCCUCCAGCUGGGCUUCGUCCAAGAAGCCCUGUCGUUGUACGGUGAGGUCAUGGAGGUUUUCAAGGCAGUCGGUGACUUUCUGUGGCUGGGAGCGGUCUACGAGGGCCAAUGCGCCGCUUCGGUGGGACAUCUGACGCCACCGGGACGAGGAGGAGGUCUCGUAAGGAACCAGAGUUUCCCCAUGAGAGCUAGAAGGAAUACGCCGACCCUGUUGAGUAAUCCCACUCUCACUCAUGCGGGAAGCUGCAAGAGCCUACCCGUCGACGUGGAUCCCAUCGAAGCCAAACAGUUCGGCCGGGAUCUCCUAACCCUGGACGAGAUCGUAGACAAAGUACGAGAGUCGAACGCGAACUACGAGAGGUUCACCAGCGCGGUAGGACCUCACGUGGAGCUGAACUUGAAGCUCACACGGCUCCUAUCGACUUUCGAGCGGCGUCUCCAAGCGACAGAUUUCCUGCAGAUGGCUGUGGUCACCUAUUGCAGGAUAAACGAAGGGUCCUGGAAGCUCGGCUGGUACGAUGUUGUCGCACAACUUUACCGGGACAUCGGCUGUCUCCGGAAAGCAGCUUUCUAUACGCGAAUCGGUGCCGUGCAAGCGGCCCGAGUGCACGACGGAAUCAAAGCCAACAACGCGCUCUGUUACCAACUGAUGGUCAAAGGUCUUCAGGGCUACCAAGUCGAUCUGCUCGCGAGCAAUCCGUACGAAGGACGUCGCUGGCAUCCGUUCUCCACCCCGCAACCGGUGCUGGGCUGGUCCAGGCUCCAGGCAACGCUGCUCAGUGACCUCAUACUGACGGCUGACCGUCUCCAGGACGGCAAGAAGCUCGCGGCUCAUCACUGUGUCUAUUAUCUGUGUUAUAUGUUUCCGUUUCUGGAAGCACACGAAGCUCAUCAAUGCGCCAAAAAACUCGACGAGCUCACCGCGGAAACGGGACCCUUGCUCCUGAGCGGAAUCAAGAGCGAUCUCCUCGAUGAGCCUCUUCCGGAAAUCCAUUUGAUAAAUUAUCCUCUGGUUACCAAAGUCAAGCCCUUACCCCUUGCCGCCGAACCCACCAAGUGGAGAACGUCCACGGCCAGCAGUCAGCCCGAUGGAGGAACGCCCUUCAUAUACGCACCGUCCAAGAACAAACCCAAUGCCCGUCAGCCGGGAAUCGAGAACGGGGGAAUCUUCCCAUCGAAAUGGGUCAAGGGUGAAGUGGUCAGCGUCCAGAUGACCUUCCAGAACGCCGCGUCGUUCGCUCUCCAAUUGAAAGAUUUGAAAUUGAUCAGCGACGGAAAUUUCGAUUGUUACCCCUGCUCGUUCACAAUCGGACCGUCCGAGAGAGGAUCGGCGCCGAAUUCUCUCGACGUCCUCAUCAAAGGAACACCGAGGUCGACAGGAGUGAUCCGGAUCCUCGGGUACGAAUGCCUCGUGCUCGGGAUCCGAACCCGGUGUUUCUUCAAGGAUGCCAAAUGGAUGCACCGGAAGGUCGUGCCCGCGCCGUCGGAUAAUUCCAAAGAGUUUUCUAAGAAUUUCGAGUUCAUAAUUAAUUGUGUGUCUGAGCUGCCGCUGCUCGAGGUCUCCGGUGAAUUACAGAAUAACUCAGAGAUCACAGUUUACGGUGGGGAGACGAAAAACUACAGAGUGAAACUGCACAACAAAAGCUCAGUCCCAGUCGAGAUGAUCGAUAUCAGCAUAGACGGCUCCCGCAAAGCCUCCAUCGAGUGGAACGAAGAAGAGCUCAAGAGUCAAUUGCCUAUCGCUCCCGAUGCGACGGUCACAUUUCACAUUACCCUGACCGGUAGCGAGAAUUUCAUGGCGAGCCAGAAGACGAGCGAGCAUCUGAGAACUUCAUCGGCGUCACCUUCGCCGAUGGGCACCCCGAGCAUGCGACGAUUCCAGUCCACUCCGAAUACUCCACAUCGGAACCAUUUCCACGUGCCAGCCGAAAGCGCCACGGACACGGUCAGCACCGAUAUCACGAUAUCGUAUUCCGGGGGCGCCGGGAUGGAAGAUAAUUACGCCCGAAAAUGCUGCAUCAAGACCCGGCUGACGGUCCUGCAGUCGGUGAUAAUCACCCAGUGGGAUGUUUUGCUGGCCGAUUCAGCUGAUGAGUGCUAUCUAGUGUUGGACAUCGAGAAUCGAACGUCUCACGAGGUCGAGCUCGAGUACCAGGAGGGCAAAUCCCUAGCGGUCGAGAAAAAGUGCAAAAUCCCCGUUCUCAUUCCGAGAUGUAAACCGUCCGGCGGCGACGAACACCUCGAGGAACUCUGCCGUCAACACAUAGACAAACAUGUCAAACUCAAGUGGUCCUUAACACAACAGCAGCGCCAGGUCACUGGCUACGCGAACCUCAAUGAAUGCAAGUGGAAUCCGAGCCAGAUCGACACAAUUCUGUCGGCAUCCGUGGCAUGUGAGGUUUUCCUCCAGAAACAUCCCUACAAUUCAGACGACGAGUUCAUCCUCAAGAUGGGAGUGCCGCUCAGCGUGCAAGUGGAGGCGCAGAACUCGUCGUUGUGCUCGUUGCAGGAGCUGCUCGUCUCCCUCCAUGUCUAUCAAGACUAUCAGAACGGCACAACGCAAGUGUCCAAUAUCUGCUUCCAUGGACCGCACAAGAUUCCGAUCGAGAGCAUCGAGCCCGGUCAGAAGGUCAGAGUGUCGUUUUGUCUGCUAUUUCUGUUCGUCGGAGAUUACAAAAUCGAUGUGGACUGCUCCACCCUGAGCGGCGACUGUGCGAAGGCGGUCAGUAGUCAGGUCGAGAUCCGAGGCGACACCCCCAAGCAACAUCCUCUCUGGAGAACAUGCCCACCGUUGAAAAUUACGGUCGUCGAUCUGGAACGGGACCCCCUACUGUCUGUGCCUCUAUGAUGAUCAGACGCUUGAGCUUUCAACAGUAUUCCAGACAGAUGAGAGAAUGGUCGUAUGAGAGAGC